GGUGUAGCCGUGCAGGUCAUCAUCAUUGCAUGGUUGAUGUCCAACUGGGAGACCCGAGGAUUUGCAGAAUAAGAUCGUUCAGAUAUCGGAAAUAUCGACAAAUCAGGUGACACCAUGAGCAAAGUACAGGGAGGGAUGAAAUGCGUGAAAUAUCUGCUUUUCGUGUUCAACUUCAUCUUUUGGCUGUCGGGCCUGUUGGUGCUGGCUGUGGGACUCUGGCUCAGGUUUGACCCAGAAACAGUGGAGCUGCUGACGGGUGACAACGCCCCCGACACCUUCUUCAUCGCUGUGUACAUCCUCCUCGGUGCAGGAGGGCUGAUGAUGAUCGUCGGAUUCUUUGGUUGUUUCGGGGCUGUACGUGAGUCUCAGUGUCUCCUUGCAUCGUUCUUCGCCUGCCUUCUGAUCAUCUUUGGAGCAGAGAUUGCAGCUGGUGUGUUUGGAUUCAUAAACAAAGAACAGAUUGUUGAAGAGGUCCAAAAGUUUUACAGCAGCUCCACUGCUGACGUCUCCAAUCCGAACGGCACAGCAAUCGCUUUAAUUUACCACAAAACUCUGAACUGUUGUGGAGGCUCCACUUUAGACCCGUCUAACACUCUCUGUGAAGGGGCUGAGGAGAACACCAAGGACUGUUUUACUGCAAUAACAGAAUUCUUCAAUGAAAAGCUGCAUAUUAUUGGUUACAUCGGGAUUGGCAUUGCAGGAGUAAUGAUCAUAGGAAUGGUCUUCAGUAUGGUUCUGUGUUGUGCCAUCAGGAACAACAGGGAGGUUAUAUAGACGUCCAGAGUGAUCAGGUGGGGGAGGUUCACUGAGAAUAUCACAGAGACAGAGUACAAUACAUCGCAAGUCGUCUACGGGCCAAAUUCAACACGAUACGCUGGAUCGUUACCUUCACUCCUCGACUCCACCAGCACUGAAAAUGUAUUUCUCUGUUGUUUUUUCUCUUAGCACGCUCUGCUUUUCUGCACAACUCUAUGAACAUUCCUCAGUUUUAACAUCUUUUUGUUACCGUACAUAAAGGCUUCUUUGACACAGGAAUGUUGUGACUGCUGUAAAUAUGGACAGCUGUUUUAUGCACCUGCCGUUAACAUUAUUUAUUGUGCCCUUUCUAGAUCUUUUUAUGUAAUCAGUACUACUUUGUGUGCUUACAUGUUUUGAGGACUAGCCUACCUUUGCUGAGUAAAUUUCCAUUGUGCCUCUGUAGUCACACGGACACUAUUUACCUUUCCUCUAUCUGCCUACGUUGUGAUUUGACUGUGUACAAAAGCUCCCUCCCGCCCUUCUCGAGUAUUCCUACUUUAAAGCACAAUACAGGAAGUGUAGAUAAAUCAGCCAAAAGCGUGAGGGAAGGUCUGAUGAUAAACUGCCACUCUGUGAAUCUCUGAAUUCUCAUCUAAAAUUAACUCUCGAGCUCUUCUGGAGCAUGUGUGAACUAUAAACAGUGAGCUAGUUUGCAUUUUGUGUGAAUUAUUUUGGAUGUAAAUUUUGUUGGUGUGCCAAUAAGAUGUGAAUUAUAGAAUAAUAUAGUUUAUGUCGUACUGUUAACCUUAAUAAAAAGAAUAUUGGGUGCUUUUA